UGAAGCGUACGCAGCACCCAGCGGAAGUCGCAGUCGAAAGUCGCACCCGCAGUCACCGUAGCAGUAGCAAUCGCAGUCACAGUUUCCGGGGCUCUCUUAAGCCACCACCACCACGAUUUUUGUCGGCCGUCUCUCGCGUGACUUGCUCCGCCCCGUGGAUGCUGCUCGAGGGCUGGAAGUGCCGCAGGAUUCGGUGUUCGGCGUUCGUUCAGUCGUGAGCCGUGCUUCGAGCGGUGAUGAGUACACAAUUCCCAGCCACGGUACGAGUGUGACCUCUUCCUCCUCCCCAAACUGGAUUAUAGUGCCUAGUGCCCAGUGCCUCCUCCUCCUGCCCCCACUUAAAAGCGAAUUGUGAAAGUGUUAAAUGUUAAUCGUUUGCUGAUUACAACAAAUGAUCAAGUUGAUGGAGAAAGAGUACACAGCCCAACACAGCAAAUGAAAAGAUCAACAAUCAGCCGACAUUGUGUGCUUAAUUUCCUCGGCCAGAUCGUGUGAGCGAAGAAAAACGGAAAUACCUUUCAAUUAAAUACUCGUACAAUGCUCGUAAAUAAAUACAUCGACAUACAAUGCCUUCAAAGAAAAAUUGUGUUUAAUCCAAGUGGAAAAGUAAAAGUGCAAACAAUGUGAAUAUGCGAAUAUACACGUAUAUAUCUACAAAUCGCCUAUCAAGUGGAAGUGUUAAGUGCGAAAAACAAGGCAAAACAAAGCCCCUUAUAAGUAAUAAAUAAAUUUUGUGAUAACAACAUUAACGAAAACAAAACACAGAAACAAAAAACAAAUACGAACGGAGGCCGUUACAGAGUGGAGAAAAAAUGAUAGAGAAACCGGAAUACAGCGAGUGCCUUCCCCCGAGAAAAACGAAUUAAACAAGGGCCAGAAAUCUGCAUACAUGGGCUAAUUAAAGAUCGCUGCGAGAUCAUUUGACCACCGAACCUAGCCCAAAGUGAACCCAAAACAACGACAGAAACCCCAGACAGAUCUAGAGGAGAUCGCAGAGCACCCACCAGCAUCAUCGCAACGCCCACAGAAUGUACACAAUGUUUCGGAAACAUUUUCGGCGAAAAUCAACGUUGGAAUCUGGCGAAGAGACAGCAUCCGAAGACAGCCUGAGAAUGUCUACAAAGGCGGCGACAAAGAGACAGCGCCUGAGGCCCCGGACUCUCCUCCGGACGCCGUCCCCGCUCGUCGAUUGUCGAUCAUUAAAGUCUGCCUGCAACUUAAUUGCUUUAAUUUUAAUACUGUUAGUCCAUAAGAUAUCCGCAGCCGGCAACUUCGAGCUGGAAAUAUUAGAAAUCUCAAACACCAACAGCCAUCUGCUGAGCGGCUAUUGCUGCGGCAUGCCAUCGGAAUUAAGGGCCACCAAGACGAUGGGCUGCUCACCAUGCACAACAGCAUUCCGGCUGUGCCUGAAGGAGUACCAGACCACGGAGCAGGGUGCCAGCAUAUCCACGGGCUGCUCAUUCGGCAACUCCACCACCAAGAUACUCGGCGGCUCCAGUUUCGUGCUCAGCGAUCCGGGAGUGGGUGCCAUUGUGCUGCCCUUUACGUUUCGCUGGACGAAGUCGUUUACGCUGAUACUGCAGGCGUUGGAUAUGUACAACACAUCCUAUCCAGAUGCGGAGAGGUUAAUUGAGGAAACAUCAUACUCGGGCGUGAUACUGCCAGCGCCGGAGUGGAAGACGCUGGACCACAUCGGCCGCAACGCCCGGAUCACCUACCGCGUCCGGGUGCAAUGCGCCGUUACCUACUACAACACGACCUGCACGACCUUCUGCCGGCCGCGCGACGAUCAGUUCGGUCACUACGCCUGCGGCUCCGAGGGUCAGAAGCUCUGCCUCAACGGCUGGCAGGGCGUCAACUGUGAGGAGGCCAUCUGCAAGACCGGCUGCGAUCCCGUCCAUGGCAAGUGCGAUCGACCCGGUGAAUGCGAAUGCAGACCCGGCUGGCGAGGUCCCCUGUGCAGCGAGUGCAUGGUCUAUCCCGGCUGCAAGCAUGGAUCCUGCAAUGGCAGCGCCUGGAAGUGCGUCUGUGACACCAACUGGGGCGGCAUACUGUGCGAUCAAGAUUUAAAUUACUGCGGCACCCAUGAACCCUGCAAGCACGGCGGCACCUGCGAGAACACCGCCCCGGACCAGUACCGCUGCACAUGCGCCGAGGGCCUCUCGGGCGAGCAGUGCGAGAUUGUGGAGCACCCGUGCGCCACGCAGCCCUGCCGCAACGGCGGCACAUGCACGCUCAAGCCAAUGAACACUACGCGACCGCCCGUGUACCGCAUCAUGCGCGGCAUGGGCUCCCUGGGCAAGCCGAUAAGCCGCCGCGAAUCAAUCCGCAGCCUGGAGCACCUGCGCCUCAAGGAGGACGCGGCGCGGAAUGGUAGCAGCAUGAGCCUGGGACGAGGGGCAGUGGGCCUGAUGCCCCAGCAGCAGCAGCCACUGAUGACGCCGCCGGCCGCCGGCUUCACUUGCGGCUGUGCGGCCGGAUGGACGGGACCGACAUGCGAAAUAAACAUCGACGAGUGCGCCGGCGGUCCCUGCGAGCAUGGUGGCACUUGCGUGGACUUAAUCGGGGGCUUUCGCUGCGAGUGUCCGCCGGAGUGGCGCGGCGGCGUCUGCGAGGAGGACUUCAACGAGUGCGAGGCUCCACAUACUCCGGGCCUGCCGCCCAACUCCCUGCUGACCACUACGGCCAGUGCUAUUAUUGGCGGAAAUCUGAGCAGCUCCGAGCUCCUGGCGGCGCUGACCCGCGCCGUGGAGUCCUCGGCCUCGGCUAUUGGACCCUGCAUCAAUGCUCGGGAGUGCCGCAACCAGCCGGGCUCCUUUGCCUGCGUCUGCCUGGAGGGCUGGGGCGGACCCACUUGCGCCGAGAACCUGGACGACUGCGUGGGCCAAUGCCGCAACGGAGCCAGCUGCAUUGACCUGGUCAACGACUACAAGUGUGCCUGUGCCCCCGGCUAUACGGGACGCGACUGCGAGACGGACAUCGAUGAGUGCGCCACCUCGCCCUGCCGCAAUGGGGGCGAGUGCCAGGACAUGGUGGGCAAGUUCAACUGCAUCUGCCCGCUGGGCUACUCGGGAUCCCUGUGCGAGGAGGCCAAGAACCACUGCGCCUCGUCGCCCUGCAUCCAGGGCAGUUGCCACAACACUCCCGGCAGCUUCUACUGCUAUUGCCCGCCUGAUCGCGCUGGCAAGCUGUGCGAGCAGCAGCGUCCGCUCUGCUCCCAGCCGCCCUGCAAUGAGGGCUGCUUCGCGAAUGUCACUUUGGCGGCAACCGGGCCAGCGUCCUCAGCCACGACUUCCACUUCGAGUUCCGCCUCCUCCUCCUCCGUGGCCAGCACGAUGACAACGCCGAGCGCUUUGCCCUGCAGCGGGCAAGGCAGCUGCGAGACGGGCGACGCGGGCACCUUCUGCAAGUGCCAUGUGGGCCACACCGGCACCUUCUGCGAGCACAAUCUCAACGAAUGCUCGCCGAAUCCUUGUCGAAACGGGGGAAUUUGCCUUGACGGCGACGGCGACUUUACAUGCGAGUGCAUGUCGGGCUGGACAGGUAAGCGUUGCUCGGAGCGCGCCACUGGCUGCUAUGCCGGCCAGUGCCAGAAUGGCGGAACCUGCAUGCCUGGGGCCCCGGACAAGGCCUUGCAACCGCACUGCCGCUGUGCUCCCGGCUGGACGGGCCUCUUCUGCGCCGAGGCCAUUGACCAGUGCCGCGGGCAGCCGUGCCACAAUGGCGGCACCUGUGAGUCGGGCGCCGGCUGGUUUCGCUGCGUGUGCGCCCAGGGAUUCUCCGGGCCGGACUGCCGCAUCAAUGUCAAUGAGUGCUCGCCCCAGCCCUGUCAGGGCGGAGCCACCUGCAUCGAUGGAAUUGGAGGUUAUAGCUGCAUCUGUCCACCAGGACGUCAUGGCGUGCGAUGCGAGAUAUUGCUCUCCGAUCCCAAGUCCGCCUGCCUGAACGUCAGCAACACCAUCUCCCCUUACACAGCUCUUAACCAGAGCCAGAACUGGCUGGACAUCGCCUUGACCGGCCGAAGGGACGACGACGAGCACUGCAAUUCCUGUGUCUGUGAGAAUGGCACCUCCAAGUGCACGAAUCUCUGGUGCGGACUGCCCAACUGCUACAAGCUGCUGGAUCCCCUGUCCAAGUCGUCGAAUCUCUCCGGCGGCGGCGUCUGCAAGCAGCACGAGGUGUGUGUCCCGGCGCUAAGCGAGACCUGCCUCUCGCCGCCCUGCAGCCUGCGCGGGGAUUGCCGUGCCUUGGAGCCAUCACGUCGUGUAGCUCCGCCCAGUCUACCGGCCCAGGCCAGCUGCUGGCCCAACCAGGCGGUGGUCAACGAGAACUGUGCCCGGCUCACCAUCCUUUUGGCUCUGGAACGGGUGGGCAGAGGGGCCUCUGUGGAGGGUCUGUGCUCGCUGGUGCGCGUUUUGCUUGCCGCCCAGUUGGUCAAGGAGCCGGGAAGUACCGGGGGGCAGGAGGAACAGCAGGGAAUGCUCAUGGUGCUGUGCGAUCUCAAGACGGGCACCAAUGAUACCGUUGAACUGACUGUGUCCUCCAGCAGACUGAAUGAUCCCCAGUUGCCGGUAGCGGUGCGACUCUUGGGCGAGCUGCUCAGCUCCCGGCAGCUGAACGGCAUCCAGCGGCGCAAGGAGCUCGAGAUGCAGCAGCUCCAGCUGGCGGCUCUCACCUCCAUUGUGGAGGUGAAGCUGGAGACGGCCAGUGUGACGGAUGGGUCGCGACACAGCCUGCUGAUUGGAGUCCUGUGCGGCGUGUUCAUUGUCCUGGUGGGCUUCUCAGUGUUCAUCAGCCUCUACUGGAAGCAGCGGCUAGCCUAUCGCAGCAGCUCGGGCAUGAACCUGACGCCCUCCUUGGACGCCCUACGGCACGAGGAGGAGAAAUCCAAUAACCUGCAGAACGAGGAGAAUCUACGCCGCUACACGAAUCCUCUGAAAGGCAGCACCAGCUCCUUGAGAGCAGCCACCGGCAUGGAGCUGAGUCUGAAUCCCUCGCCCGAGUUGGCCGCCUCUGCGGCCAGUGGCUCGGCCCUGCAUCGCUCCCAGCCGCUGUUCCCGCCCUGCGACUUCGAGCGGGAACUGGACUCCAGUGCGAGCCUGAAGCAGGCAACGGCGCACAAGCGCAGCUCCCAGAUCCUGUUGCACAAGACCCAAAACUCGGAUAUGCGGAAGAACACGGUGGGCUCGCUGGACAGUCCGCGAAAGGACUUUGGCAAGCGCUCCAUCAACUGCAAGUCCCUGCCGCCCACGGCGGGUGACGAGGUGGGCGCCGAUGUCCUGGCCACCACUGUGAUGGUUUAGCCGUGAUCUCACCUACCAAUCCAGGCAAGCAAUCAAUCAAUCCAGCAAACAAUCAAGCAACCAAGCAGCCGCCCACAGCCACAGCUCAAAGUUCCAAUUGCCACAGCACGGGCGCGAUUUCCAAGUGCAUUAGUAGCGUUAUGUUAAAGUAUAAAUCGGAUUUAGAUAUAGGGGGGCUUCACAUGGGGAAUAACAGGGUAUAUAAUCCGAUAUAAAGUUGCUAGAAAAUUUCACAGAUUUUGGUAAUUUGAAUUUCCAUUUAAUCCCUGAUCAACCUUUGUUUAUGACUUUGUUUUUUCUAUUUUAUUUUAUUUAACCCGUUGCCAAGAAAGUAUUUAUUUAAUUAAAUCACAGCCCUUCAUAAGCACCUGUGUGGAGUCCCUUCAUUUUUGUUUUAAUGACUUAAGUUUUAGCUAGUUUAAUUCCGAACUCUUCUCUUCGCUAAGCAACAUCCUACACAGUGUGAUAUUUAGUGUAACCCAAACGCGCAUUUAACUUCCUCUUAAAUACUAAAUGAAAACAUAAAAAAAAAAUACAAUAAAUAGCAAGCUGUACAUAGUUCUCAACCUAGGCGCGCUCUAAACAAUUAAUAAUAAAAAUAACAAUAAGCUUAAGCUGUAAAUACUGUAAAUUAGCAGUUACCGUUAUUGUAUUUUGUCUAUAGAUAGAAUCCUAGGCCUAAGCAUUUAGCAACGCACUAGACUUUAAAAGUUGUUUGCAAUCUUACGCAAUAAUCUAGGGCUUACGACCGAUCUAAGUAGGUUAUAUGUAGGUUUAGGUAGCUAAGUUAAAGCACCGGAUUUUGUAUUGUAUUAUAUAUGUACGUACGCGUGUGUGUGUGUUUAGUAAUAUUUAUUUAUUAUUUUAACUUUGAUC